AUGGACCAGAACCAGAACCAAAACCCUUGGGAUCCGAAUGCUGGAUCAACAGCACCGUCGUCAGUUUCUUCCAUUCCUCCUUCACCCUCACCAACAUCAUUGGAUGAUGUACUCAGAGCAGUACUGAGUGGACAGUCGGAAAUGCGCAGAGAGCUGCAGAGUUUUCAGUCCACGGUGAUCACAGAGUUUGUGAAAUAUGAAGGUCGGGUUCAGCAGGUAGAAGCACAGUUCUUAGAACUUCACCAGACAACCAAAGCACACUCGGAGGAGCUAAGCCAUGUUCGCGGUGAAUUGUCAAGUAUCUCGGAACACUUGGUUACACCAACCAACCACGAGACGGCUAUCCAGGCCCUACAAGCGGAGUUAACAGCCCUUCGAACCCAAAUUUCAUCAAACUCGACUGCAUUAACAGUCUCCGGAUGCCCUGCCCACAAUCCUCGCAUGCCAGCAGACUCGUCAUAUGAUGGAAAGACCCAGGAUGGUGCCGCGGAAUUCAUUCGGCGUAUCAAAGUCCACUCGCAACAGGUCUUGUUCUCCAGCAACCGCGCCAAGAUUCUCUUUGCUAUGGGAUAUCUCACAGGCGAAGCAUCGAAAUGGGCAGACCUGUUUGUCGAAGACGCCGAGGAUGCCGGCUCGAACUGGGAUGAAUGA